AUGACAUCAAAGGGGUCAACUCAAUUCAUAGCCCUUCGACGUCGUCUGGAUGUUAUGGGGUAUGAGAGCUUUAUACUUGGCUUAGAUUCUGCUCCAUUAGCUCAGCAACUAUUAAAUGACGUUUUUACAACAACUCGACAAUUGCAAAUAACGGAAGAGAAUUUGAAAAAAGCACAAGAAGAACUUGAUCAAUCGAAAGUUCAAAUUGAACCAUUACAUGCAGAACAAAUUCGUUUAGUGAGAGAAAAUACUCAAUUACAUAAACUGCUUAUAAAAAUGACAGAAGAAACGCGCGCUAAAGAAAAACAGAUUACAAAUAACAUGUAUGAAGUUCAAGAAGAAAAUCGCAGAGUAAAACUUUACGCUCAAAAGAAUGAAGAAACGAUUAAAGAGCAACAAGCAGAGAUACUGCGAUUAAAACAGUUGCUUGAACUUCCUCAAGAAGCUCAGGAGCCAACUAGCAGUAGAUCUACCAGGCGUGCAAGUUCAAGAUCCCGAAGAAAUGGUUCGAUUGCACCAAGUAUUGGUCAAUCAUCAUAUGCAUCAAAUGCAGAGCAUGAAGCAGAAAUCAAGCAGCUUAAUCAAACUAUUACUCAGCUAAAAGAAACCAUCGAACUCAAAGAGAAAGAGAAAGAAACUUUAAUAACGAACAUUAACGACUUGAAGGAUUUAAUGAAACUUCGUGAUGAUGAAAUAUCAAGAUUAGGUCUCGAAUUACAAAAAGAAACCGGCCGUGAUGGUUACAUGAUUUCAAUCAGAUAUAAGAAUCAGCAAUUACAAGAAGAAAUAGAUAAGCUCCAAGCUCAAAUUGAUUCUGGUAACUUUACAAAUCAGACUAUGCCAUUAAGUGCUCCCCAAUCUCCAACAAAACCGCCACCAUCUCCAUCAACAAAGAAAAUGGGUAUGUCACCAAUCAAAUAUAUUUCCAUUGAUGCCGAAAGAAAAGAAGAACACGAAAAAUCGCCAAACUCGGAUAGUUCUUCAAAGAAGAGUAAGCUUACAACCAAAACUUCUUCAAGUAAGAAGCAAAAUCCACCAAGCAAGAAACCAAAUGCUGACAAGAAGAGGAAAGGUGUUAUAUUUGAUAUUGACGAGGAUGAAAAGCCAUCAAUUGAAAGUCUCAUUGAUGAUGACGAUUCAAGUUCAGAUAAGGGCAGCAAAUCAUCAACUCAAUCUCAAAAGAGCAAAGAAUCUGAUGAAUCCACAAAGCAAAUGAUUGAAUCUCUUAAAUCUGAAAACGAUUCCCUUAAAGAAGAUUCGAAACUCCUUCAAGCACAAUUAGAAUCAACUCAAAAGGAUCUUCAAGAGAAAAUUUCAACUAUCGCUCUUAUGUCAGCUGAAGUUUCAUUUGUUGGAGAUAAUCUCAAGCAAAUUAUCGCUGAAAAGGAUCAAAUCAUUGAUUCUUUGAAGAAACAGAUUAAGCAAGCUGAAGCUAAAUCUGCCGAGCUUCUUCAAACUCAGCAAAAGCAGCAACAAAAUGAUGCAACAUCGGAAAAAAUUGAAACAUUGACAUUGCAACUCGAUGAAUUACAAGCUAAAUAUGAUACAGAAAUUGAAGACAAAGACAAGAAGAUCAAGCAGCUUGAAUUACUUCUUGAACAGUUAUCUAGCGAUAAGAAUAACACAACAUCAGCUCCUGUUUCAUGCCCAGAAUGCGCUAGAUUAAGACAACAAAUUCAAGAUCUCAAAUCUUCAAUGCAAAACAGUUUAUCUGAGCAGGAAAAGAAUGAACUUCAGUCUCUCAGACUUAGAUCACAGCAGCUUGAACUGAUUAUUAGAUCAAGUGAAGAAUCAAUGCAUGACAAUGCAACACUUAACCAAGAAUUAUUAAAUGCUAAAGCAAAGAUAACACAAAUGGAACAGAAAUACGAAGAACUCAAACAAUUAGCAGUUAAGUUACAAGAAGAAUUAAAUAAGGCAAAAGAAGACCUAGAAGAAUCAGAAAAGAUAUCUAAUACAGUCCCUGAUUUAAGACAAAAGUUCAGAACAAUCUUGGAAAGGAUGAAAGUCGAACAUUUUGCAACAGUUGAAGAACUUAAUCAGAAGAAUAUAACUUUACAAUCAUUGAGCGAUAAGCUUCUUGAAAGUCAGAAAUUGACAAGAGAUUUCCAGGAAGAACUACAGAAAUGCAGAGAACAAGCGAAUAAUGCAAGAGAAGAGACACUUCUUCAUAGAAGUAAGAGUGAAGAAGUUCAAAGGCUUGCAGCAGAUAAAAUUGUUAACGCUCAGAAAGAAAUGAAUGCAGCAGCAAACCAUUACAAGAUGACAAUACAGGAUUUGACGAACAAGAAUUCAUCUUUGUCCCAGAUUCUUAGCGAUACGAGAAGACAAUUGGCAAUGACAACAGAGCAGACAAUACCUAAACUUAAGGAUACAAUACAGAAGAUGACCCGAGAAAGAUCAGAAUUGGCUGCAAGAGUUGAAAGUUUAGCACAAAUGGCUCAGUUUGCUGAAAAGUCAACUUCAUUCUCUCCUGAAUCAAUCCAAUUCAUUGCUGCAUUACAUCAAUUUAAUGAUCAGAUGCAACCAUUCCUUCCAUAA